CUAACGAAGAAGAAGAAGGAGAACCGGAAGUAGAAGGGGCCCAGUAAAGAUGUCUCCGCCGUCUCUCUUCGACUUCACUGAAGCCAGAGAUAUAUUUACGGCUGCCGCUAAAAGUGCUGUAGAUAUCAGGAGCUGCAAACCCCUGACCAACGCUUUCAGCCAGCUGCCUGGAAAUGAAACUGAGAAGAAAGCCACUCUUGAUCAAGCCCUGCGUGGAGUUCUUGAAGAGCAGAUUGUGAAGCAGAAGGUGGACGUUGGAGAUUUCCUUUCUCUGAUCUACAUCAGUGUAGACGGUGUGACUGAAGGCAUCUGCUCUGCUACCGCUCCUUUUCUUCUGCUGGGAGAUGUUCUCGACUGCCUUCCUCUGGACCAGUGCGACAAAAUCUUCUCCUUUGUUGAAGAAAAUGUGUCUACAUGGAAGUCUAAUGACAUUCUUGGUCCACAAGUAUCUUGUUUUAAUGUCCCAUCAAUCGUGUUCUCUGUGCAGUAUUCAGAUGAGACACUAGCUGUGUUCAAGAGCUUCAAACUGGAUGACAUGCAAGCCUCAAAGAGAAAGCUGGAGGAAAUGAGGACUGCUGCUGGAGACCACGUGUACUUUGCCAAGUUCCUCACCAGUGAGAAAUUGAUGGACCUUCAAUUGAGUGACAGCAACUUCAGACGACACAUUCUGCUUCAGUAUCUCAUCCUCUUCCAGUAUCUCAAGGGCCAGGUCAAGUUCAAGAGUUCCAGCUGUGUUUUGAAUGACGAUCAGUCUUUGUGGAUUGAGGACACGACCAAACUAGUCUAUCAGUUACUGAGAGAAACCCCUCCAGAUGGUGACAAGUUUGCGUUGAUGUUUGAGCACAUCCUGAACACAGAAGAAAACUGGAACUCUUGGAAAAAUGAAGGCUGUCCAAGCUUUGUGAAAGAAAGACCAGCAAAGACCAAACCCAUCCGUCCCAGCAUUCAGAGCAAGGCCGUGACCAACAGUCAGAUGGACGAGAUCGCAGCCAAGCUUGGGUCGCAGUGGAAGACGCUGGCAGACCACCUGGAGAUGAGCGAGAAGGAGAUCCGCGUGAUCGAGUCUGACAGCGAGGAUGUAGAACUACAGGCCAAGAUGCUGCUGGUGGCCUGGCAGGACCGAGAAGGCACUCAAGCUACGAUGGAGAGCCUGGUCACGGCUCUGAACUCGGCUGGUUUCAGUAACAUCACAGAAGGUCUCAGUGAAACAUAACAGCCAC